AUGGGAAAUACGAGCCACAACGAUGUGACCUGGUUCAACAACCACGCCCAUCGCAAUCGGGGUCUAACGGUCACAACGAAUCUGCAUGUUGAGAAGAACCUGUCCAGCAAGCCGAACAAGAAAGAGUCUCUUGAAGAUUCGGUCGCCAUAUUGGUCAAGGAGAUUGAUGUUCCCCACACCAAAGAACCUCAAAAGAGAGAGAUCAGCGAGGCAUUACUGAACGAUGACUGGAGGCAAAAAUGGCGCCCCGAGGCUAGCGAGACAACUCAAGGUACCAAUGCUUUUCACCCGCCUUUCAACCGGCCGGACAAGGCUGGGUCAAAAGUAGCUAAGAGAAAGCUGUACAUCGAUACAGCCAUGGCCGCGGCAGGGAACCACCCACAGGUCCGCCAGUAUCGUGGUACCAAAGAUUCUCCGCUAGAUCCAGAGUGGGUUCUUUCGGCGCCAGCUACGAAGAAGGAAUAUAGCUUCACCAAAGACGAACAACACAGUAGCUCAGACAUCGACCCCUCUUCCGCCAAAACUGACUGCUAUUCAUACUCCGUAGCCCUGGGUCGGCCUCACCGCGUCAGUCUUCACUUGACAUCGCCAAUUGCCCAUAAAAUAAAUGAUCAUGUCCCGUCACCUAUUCUGUCCAGCAUGGAUGGGUCGUGGUCAAAAUUGACUGCCAUCUCUGAAAGCACAGCUAGUUCUAGGUCUGGGGACUCUUGGGACGAUGUUGAGUUUCCUCUAGGCCAGCUGCAAGCGGUCAAGAGCUGCAACGGCUUUCGAGUCUUGCCUUGGUCACGGGUUGACCAUCUGAUCAAGCAAGCCCUGACGAAAUUAAGCCCGUCCAGUCACAGGUGCAAGCAAACUCAGGCAGAACGCGUCGAAGGCAGCCGCCAGCCCAAUGAGUGUGCUAUUGGUCAACCAACAACGGCUGGCAAGACCGAAGAAGACAUGCGAAAACACCAAGCAAUUAUUGAAAAAUUGAAUCGGAAGACCUACCCUGAUCGACCUUCUCUUUUGCACCCGGAUUUGGCUCCAGUAUCAGAAGGUCAAGUAUCAAAUCACUCUGGCUUUAGUGACGCAAGUCGAGAUGGCCUGCAGAAAGCGACUACGUUAAACCCGCAGGCAUCAGAGUUCUUGUACCUUGGCAAGCAAGAAACGUUACCUGCAACAGUUGACCAUAAAUGUCUUCUUCCACCAGCUGGACGACCAACGGUCACAAGCUUUUCAAGCGAAGACACUGAAAUAUUCCCGAAAUUUCCGAAUGAAACAGACCAAUCUUUCGCCGCAUUGGAUGCGUCACUUCAAGCCGAGAAAUAUCGGCUCCUGGAAGCCCGCGUUCAGCGCAUGCAGGCUGAGAAUGUGCAACUUGUGCGUCAGUUAAUCGAUAUGAACGCAAGCCAGAUGAGGUUUAUAAGCAGUACUCCGAUGACAGCACCCAUCACUUCUAUGCUAGGUCAGAUGCUUCCGCCGCCCAACAAUGGUACGGCGCUUUCUAUACCAUUUUCUGGUGGCCCAGUGUUCUCCAGCCUAUCCUUGGGUACUGUUUCGCAAGCACAGCCACUUGCUGCCCAGGUCUUAAGCGUUUCUGAACCUCGUACGGCACCGUCAACCUCAUCGAUGCCUUCGUACAAUGGACAUACAGCUGGACUACCGACUGUGAGGCCCACAUCUGGACCUCCUCCCGCCAAUCCGUUGCCGCUCCCUGUCGUGCUUCCGCCGAACACCAUGGGACCAAAGCCUGUGACUAAGCCGAAAGGACCGCCUCGACCGCAUGACCCUGAGUGGAACAAACGACAGCUUGAGUACGAGGCUUAUCUCGAGCAUCAGCGUACAGUAGACCCCAACUAUCACAUCAAGUGCAAAGAGCGACAGUCUAAACGAGCCGACCGACAGAGACGGGAGACUCUGCGAAGCGAGUUCAAGAUCCCAGGCCCAAGCGCGCCGAUCGAGAUCAAGGUGCCAGCGGCUGGUGAGAAAACGAAAGAAAACCAGAAUGCUUAG